AUGACCACUUUGGACAUAUCGGGUAGACUAUUGGGAGAUGGACAAUAUGAAGAAUUGAAACAAACUAAAACUCCCCCAGCUUCUCCUAUUUAUGCUGGUCUGACUGAACUGAAUAAUCGGAGAACUGUUAACACUAAUGGUUGUGAAUGCCGUUCAGUAUUGGAGGAAGAAGCUGCGAAUGCAGUUAUUGAGUUUUCUUUCGCAGUUCAAUCGAUUUGCAUAUCAGAGAUGCUCCCUCGAACUUCUCAGUUACUCUUCCUAAACAUCAAUACGCUAGAAAAAGCAACCUAUUGUAUCGAGUUGACAGAGAAAGGCUGGAGAAUUGCAAGCAAUCGAGCGGAUUGUAUGUAUGGUGAUUUCCGGCAGCUCAAUAUGCAUACUCAGUAUUUUGAACAGUUAUAUCAGUUACUUGACACGAUCUCUCCAAAGUAUCGUGAGCGUUUCGCUAAUGCUCUUUCUGAGAAGCUCAGUGCAGUGACCAUUGAGAAAGAGUCUGAAGAAGAUGCAGCUCCCAAUGCUUGA